UGUACGUCACCCUGUGUGAAGGCUCAAAGCUCCAGGCUGCUCCCUCCAUGGGUGUGUCCUCCUGGGAACACUGUUGGCCCAGUUGGCAUGCUGUAUGAGGGAAGUGUGGGCUGAACACUGCCAUGUCUCCAGGACUCAUUUUUCUGCUGGGACUUGUGUUUUGUCUGGAACAAAGGAUUUGGGCGCAACAUGGAUUAUUACCCCAGCCUUCCAUCUGGGCAUUGCCAGGGGCUGUGAUUCCCCAGGACAGUUCUGUGACCAUCUACUGCAAGGGGCCUCCUGGAAUGCUCAGAUGGUGGCUACUUAGAGAAGGACUUGUUAUCACAUGGUACGACAGUAUCUCACAGGGAGUCCAGGGACUUCCCAUGUUUUUCAUCCAGGCUGUGACAUACAUUAAUGCAGGGAUUUACUACUGUGGGUACUGGAAGGAAGGAGUCUGGUCAGGACGCAGUGACCCACUGGAUCUGGUGGUAACAGGUGUAUACAAGGACACACCCUCCCUGACUGCUCUUCCAGGCCCCAAUGUGACCUUAGGAGGGAAUGUGACCCUCCUUUGUCAAGCAUCUCAAUACUACCACGUCUUUAAUCUGUUUAAAGAUGGAAGAAAUGCCUCUCCCCAGGAUUUUUUACGUCAGGACCAUAAGACCUUCCUUAUCUCCCCUGUGACUCUUGCCCAUGGGGGUACCUAUAGAUGCUACGGUUCUUCUAAAAGCUUCCCCCACAGAUGGUCACUGCCUAGCAACCCUGUUAAGCUUUUGGUCACAGAUCCAUCUGCUCCUAAAAAUGGAUACCUUCCCAUUGUGAUUGGGAUCUUGGCCAUUGUUGUCUUACUUCUCCUCUCCCUCCUCUUCCUCAUUUUUCGAUGUUGGCAUCAGGUCAAACACGGGAACAUUGAUGGUGAGACCAAGAACCAGGUGAAGUGUAAGAGCACCAACUCAGUCAUGGACUUCCAGGAAGAAAAUCAAUGUGAUGUCUUGGAGGACAUCCAGCCUGAGAAGGACAGACAGGUGGACAUACAGGCCCCUAUAGAGGAAGACCCUCAGGAAGUGACCUAUGCUCAGCUACACCAGGAGACUCUUAGGGGGAGUGUGGAUACACAGUUCUCCCACACUCAUAAGGACUCCUCUGACCAGCGCUGUGUGUAUGCCACCCUCACUUUAUCCUGAGUGCAGAGCCAGGACUGGCUGUGUAGACUCCAGUGUUCAAGUGCGCUUAAGGAAGAUGCAGCUCCACGAGGUGUGCUACUCCUGUUCCUCAACACAAGCUAUCACCUUGGAGCUCACCAAAGACUCAAGAUUAGAGUCAACUUGUCAACUGUCAAGAAAUUCCAGGACCCAUCAAAUAUCUCUCAACAAAUUCUUGGUUCCUUGUACCCAUUCACUUGGCUAUUCAACAAAUGUUUACAGAAGUU